CCGGCCGCCGGCCAUGGCCUUCACUUUCGCCGCUUUCUGCUACAUGCUCUCCCUGGUGCUGUGCGCUGCGCUCAUCUUCUUCGCCAUCUGGCACAUCAUUGCCUUCGAUGAGCUGAGGACAGAUUUUAAGAGCCCCAUAGACCAGUGCAACCCCGUGCAUGCGCGGGAACGGCUGAGGAACAUCGAGCGCAUCUGCUUCCUCCUGCGGAAGCUGGUGCUGCCGGAGUACUCCAUCCACAGCCUCUUCUGCAUCAUGUUCCUGUGUGCGCAGGAGUGGCUCACCCUGGGGCUCAACGCCCCGCUGCUGUUCUAUCACUUCUGGAGGUACUUCCAUUGCCCAGCGGACAGCUCCGAGCUGGCCUACGACCCGCCGGUGGUCAUGAACGCAGACACCUUGAGCUACUGUCAGAAGGAGGCCUGGUGUAAGCUGGCCUUCUACCUCCUCUCCUUCUUCUACUACCUGUACUGCAUGAUCUACACUUUAGUGAGCUCUUAACUUAGAGACCACGCACGUCGUCAGAGACUGGACAGGAGCGAGCUGAGCUGAGAAGUCACUUGUGCAGACGACUGGAGAAGGGACGGGUGGGUGAGGAGGAGACCUGGCUGACACUGACUGCCUCGGAAGGAAUGGAAGGAACGGAGCGGCGGCAGCGGGAGCUGAGUUAACCGCCGUGUGUUGUCACCUGUGAACCACAGCAAACAUCGCUGUUUCCCGAGUCCGCUUCAUCUCGCAGCUCCCAGCUGGUCCGCUCUGGUUUCCUGGACUGUGGGAGCGGGGGCUGGGAGGCCCGAAGGUGCCUGCUACCGAACGGAACGACCAGAGUCAGGCUGAGUCUGUGGGACCACAGAGGGCCUCAGAGGGCCUGGGCUACCCAAGGCUCUGUUUCAAUCCCUGCCAGGGCCGGCCAUGCCCUUGCCCUCCGCGGAGGGUCCGGAAGGUGCACCAUGGCCUUCGCUGUGGCCAGCGUGACCUGCAGGGUCACCGUGCUCCCCCCUGCGUUGUGAGAGCCCAGCUUAGUGACGCCCUGAGCUGGGUUUGGGGCAACGCGUUGCUAAUAAAGUUCCCCAAAGUCACGGAUGUGGGGUGGGGCGGGGUGGGAAGGGGUAACCAGAGAAAAAUGACUUGGAUAAACAUUGACUGCACGUUCAAGGUGUUACCAGCCAAAGCCAUCACAGCCCCCAAGUGCAAAUCCACCGGUCGGCACUCAUCAAAGCCACGUCUUGCAAGGAACCCCCAGCUGUUCCCAAGGCCGCUCUGAACAGUGGGCACUCGGCAGCUCGGAAAGGAGACGACAUAGUAACAGCUUCGAUUUACGAUGCCGCAUCGUUCAUGCUGCUUAACCAGAGGACGCUCACUUCUUUAGGGUUUUCCACGCGACACGCUCUCCGUUUUGAGGAGGAGCUGUGGCAGGAGGUGGUCAGGAACGUAAAGGCUGAGAUGCGGAAGAUGCUCAGAUUGGGCGCAGUGACUUUUGACCUUAUUCCCCCCACUUCCCCUCUUCCCUCCUGUUUGACACACGGGCUGUUUCUUGUACAUGUGCCCAGCUCCCGCCGGAGCCCCGUGACUCAGGCUCAGGACCGGUGUUGGUGGGACAUGCGUGUGCUAUGUUGGACACACGUGUGCUGUGUCACAGCGCGGGGACAACUUGAGUAUCCGGCCGACCUGGCCGUCUCGUGUAGGCCUCAUCCCUGGCUGGCUGCGUCUCCAUAGGGUUGGUGAACUGGUAGGUAGAGAAGGGCAGGGUUUCCAAAGGGCAUUUGGCUUCUAAAAAUUCUACAGGAAACAAAAGGCAGACGUCUGCCUUCAGAGCCGGGGACAUCGAGGCGGUAUUUCUGGGGCCAGACUCCCCCUCGACCGAUCCCGUGGGCCCGGCUGGGUACGUGUGGUUGGGACAGAGUUGCCUUCAGGGCUGGUUGCCUCGGUCUUUGACGUCAUUCCUCGAGGAGACCUUCGUCCCGAGAAACAAGCCUUGUGUCCAGGCUGCUCACAGCAGUUCUGUCUCCACAGCCGCCUCACAGAUACAGCGGAUGAGGGCAUCCGGGGCCCAGCUCAUCCUCCCCGUGGAGCUGUUGGGUUUAGUUGUGUACUUGCCUCCUUCCAGAAAGAUUUGAAUGAGCUUGUAAUAGCGGACACCAGGACACAGGGACUGCUCUAAUGGGAAUUCAGCUUUAUAACGAAGAUGAGCACAGAGACACCCGUUUCCUGAGAGAGUCUAUUUACCGUGACGGAGCAUUAAAUCCACGGUUUCUCUUAGCGGUAAAUUGCAGCAAUUCACAGUCACACAGCGCUUAACAUUUCACACUUUGCUUUCACUCCUUCUCCUUGGACCCUCCUCUCAAGCCUAAGAAGUUGAUACUGUUCUUUUUCUCUAAGUGAGGCAGCUGAAGCCCAGAGAAGGCCAGUGACUCACCUACAGUCACACAGCAGUCACAGACCUGCCUCUGAAGCUACGAGUACAUUGUCUGACUUUAAAAACCCCAUGUCCGCCCUAGCGGGUUUGGCUCCGUGGUUAGAGCGUUGGCCUGCGGACUGAAGGGUCCCGGGGUCAAUUCCAGUCAAG